GCUAACGAGAGAAAUCGGCGUAAGCUUGAGCUUCUUUCUUUAUUAUUUAACAGUCAUCGUCGUCGUCUCCCUCCUUUGCUUCGCCUCCAAAUUUUCUUCAGCAAGAAGCUUCCGCCUCGGUCUUUCGUGAUGCGUCGUUCUGCGUCGAAGAAACCGAAUCAACCUAAUUCAGUUACCUCUUCAGCCACGGAUCUCUCUCGAUCAGCUUCGAGUAAGGGUUCGACCAAAGAGAUGGAUCGAAUAGAUCAAUUGUUUAAUCAGUAUGCAAAUACAUCUUCCCGUGUGAUUGAUCCAGAAGGAAUUGAAAAGCUUUGCUCCAAUUUGGAAGUUUCUCAUACCGAUAUUAGGAUCUUGAUGCUCGCUUGGAAAAUGAAGGCUGAAAAACAGGGUUACUUCACACUGGAUGAAUGGAGAAGAGCAUUGAAGUCGUUAAGGGCUGACACGAUGAGAAAAUUGAGGAAAGCCCUUCCAGAGCUCGAGAAAGAGGUCAGAGUGCCAUCGAAUUUUGCAGAUUUCUAUGCUUAUGCAUUCCGGUAUUGUUUGACAGAGGAAAAACAAAAGAGCAUCGACGUUGAGACUAUUUGUCAACUCCUAGAUAUCGUCUUAGGAUCAACAUUCCGUGCCCAGGUUGACUACUUUGUCGACUAUCUGAAGGUUUGGAUCCACCUUUUUAUCUCCGAAGAUCUUAUCUUUCAAAGUUUUUAUCAGUUUGUAAUCAUAUCAUCUCAUUAUGAACAGAUCCAAAAUGAUUACAAAGUCAUCAACAUGGACCAAUGGAUGGGAUUUUAUCGAUUCUGCAAUGAGAUUAGUUUCCCGGACAUGACCAACUACAAUCCAGAACUUGCAUGGCCAUUGAUUCUCGACAACUUUUUUGAGUGGAUGCGCGAAAAACAAGCCUGAAAGCUUUCAUAUUUUUCAAACUGUUCAAGUCUCAGCUCUAAAGCCUCCAUUUUUCACAAUCACAGUCAAACAAACUUCAAAUUUGAUUAUUGUUACCCUUCCUCCAUGAACAGAUAAUGCUUGCGAUAGAUAUAUAUGAGUUCUAUAUUCUAAUAUUCUGCUCUUAGCUUAAGCUGUGGUGUUGGCUCAAGUUCUAAUGACAGGCCUCUGCUUUUCAUCAUAAAAGUUUUGUUUGCCAAUGAUAUUUAAAUAUCUUGAUUAGAUAC